AUGUCGCGGCGUAAACAGGCCAAGCCACGCGCCUGCCUCAAACUUGGUGAAAAGGAUGAGGAGAAUGGCGUGGGUGAGGCAGCUGAAGGCGAUUUGCUGGAGCCUAAGGAGGAGUUGCUAAGCUCCGACGAGGAGGCCGACGAUGGCGAGCUCACUGCAACGGGCAAUGGCAACGGCAACGGCAACGCCAAUGGGCACUGCAAGUCAAGGUCCAGCGGUGCCAGCAGUGCCAGUGCCACUGAUGCUCUUAAAGCGCAGCUGAAGCUGAAGCAGGAGUUGGGUGUUGGGAGUCUUUCGAGUCUUUGGGGCAGCUGGCCUGGCUGUGCUUGGGCAUGGAAUUAUGGCACCCUCGGGCUUAGCAUAAUCAAAAUUCCUGGUAACAAGGGACUUGGCAUGCACAACGGCAGCGCCAACGGCAGUGUUACGUGCUUCCAUGUCCAUGGCCAAGACAAAGCUGCAUCCUACGAUAUACCUAAGCCAAAGUUGGAGGAGCUAGAGCAGGAGCUGGAGCAGGAGCAGGAUGUGGAUGAUUUGCUUAGCCUCAGCAGUUUGAGCAGUGAUGGCGACUACGAUGAUGAGCUGGAGCUGCAGAGUCUGGAUAGCUUCUACUCAGACAUGUACAGCACGCACACCUCCUCCAGCUACUCGCCCAGCAUCUCGGACGGCACACUGACGCCCAACUCGCAGCAGCCUCUGAUGGCGGCGCCUGGCUGCGAGGAAAAGGAAAAAACAAAUGGCGAUGCCAAUGCCACAGAUCUGGAGCAACAGCAGCAGGAGCAGGAGCCACGCAAACCGAAGCGUCCCAGCCACUUGCAUCAUCAUCAUCAUCAUUAUCAUCAUCAGCAGGCGCUGAAGCUUGCCAACAAGCUGCGCAAAAUCAAUAAGGAAGCCAAGCUGGCAGCUCAGACUGGCGCGGGCGCUGCACUCGGCGCUGCUGCUGGCGCCGGAGUCACCGCAAAGUUUGAUAAGUUGACAGGCGAGGGCAUUAAGAGUCGCGGCGACGGCUCCUAUCAGUGUCAGUUCUGUGAUAAAUCAUUUCCGCGUCUCGGCUACUUGAAGCAUCACGUGCAGAGCCAUGCUGAGCAUUUGCCUUUCAAAUGCGAAUACUGCGCCAAGCUGUUCAAGCACAAACGCUCGCGUGAUCGCCAUAAGAAGCUCCACACCAACGAGCGCAACUACAAGUGUCCACAUUGCGAGGCUGCUUUCUCCAGAAGCGAUCAUCUGAAGAUUCACAUGAAGACGCACGACAUACAGAAGCCGUUCCAGUGCAGCAUGUGCAAUCGUGGGUACAACACGGCGGCAGCGCUGACUUCGCACAUGCAGAAGCACAAGAAGAACGCGGCCAUUUUGGCAGCUGGCGGCAAUCCCAAUGCAUUGAACUACAGUCCACGCAGCACUGGCUCCGCCUCCAUCUCGAGCAAUGGGAGUCUGCACAAGCGGCGCUAUGCGCUGGCGCUCGCCAGCGACAGCAGCCCCAGUCGCCUGGAGUUUCCCAAGCGCGCACGCAGUCAUGCCACGCCCACGCCGCUGCUGCGCUGCAAUUACUGCGUCAAGGCGACAGAGUUCAGCAGCUUGGAGCAGUUGAAUGCGCAUAUGCAAAGUGUGCACGAGCAGCAGCAGCAGCAGCAGCAGGCGGGGGCGACGCCCAAGAGCGGAGCAAUGGAGAGCGAAGGCUUCCAGCUGAGCUGUGAGUACUGCACCAUGAAGUUUGGCAACAUUGCCACGCUCUUUCAGCAUAUGCGAGCGACGCACUUGGAUCGUCUGAGCAGUCCCAAUAGCUACUAUGAGCAUUUCAAUAGACUGGCCACGGCGGGCACGUUUAGUCCCAGACUAGCGCUGGAGCUGCCAAAGCUUAAAGAGCAGCCAAACUCACCGCAUAACAAGCCGGAGCAGGAGCUGCCUACAGAUCUCAGCAGCAAUAAGCGACGCAGCGCAGCGACGCCGCCGCCGCCAGCAGCAGCAGCUACAACACCCGCUGGCGUGUUCUUUUGCAAUCAGUGCAACGCUGGUCUGCCGGACUUUGAAAGCUUUCGCAAUCAUUUGAAAUCGCACAUAGCCGAGGGCAUGCAGCUGAGCUGCCCGCACUGCGGUCUCAAUCUGCCCGAGCAGAGCGAAUACGAGCGGCAUGUGGUUGCGCAUUUUCUCAUCAGCGGCAGCGAGUUCAACUGCAGCGCCAGCUGUGGCAAAAGCUAUGCCAAGGCAGCGGCAUUUACUUACCUGAAAGCUAUUAGCGGCAAUGUGCAGCCAAGCGGCAGCUUGAGCUGCGGCAUGUGCGAGCGUCAGGAUCUGCGCAGCGAGGCGGAGCUGCAAUCGCAUCGCAAGCUGGCGCAUAAUCUCAAAACCGGCGUCAGUCUGCGCUGCGCUUACUGCGCGGGCAACUUCAAGUCACGCGCUGAGCUGGAGCAGCACAUGAAGAGCUGCCACAACUCGAGCGGCAAGCACAAGUGUCUCAUAUGCGAUGAAAUCUUUCCCUCGCCCGCCAUUCUGGCCGAGCACAAGCUGCAGCACUCCAAGGUGGGUCAGUCCGGCAAGUGCGCGCACUGUGGCCAGCAGCUGGAGCAUGUCGCCGCCUAUCGCGCGCAUCUCACCGCUCAUGGCAGCGAUGGCAAUUUGCCGCUCGCCUGCAUCUGCUGCCGCCAGACGCUGCACUCGGAGUUCGAGCUCAGUUUGCAUGCCAAGUUCCACACCAAGACCAACAACGCCAGCGGCAGUCUGCAGGAGCCAGUCUGCGCUCUGUGUCUGGAGCCGCUGCCUGGAGCUGGCGACACCGCCAAGCUUUGCGAGCAAUGCUGCCGCAAGCAUAAUCUGAAUGGCAAGCGCAGCAAGCAGCCCACGCCUACGCCAGCGGCGCAUGCAGGCGGCAGCUACUUGGAGCAUCGCUGCAAUCUCUGCAAGCUCAUCUUGCCGCAUGCGCAGAAGCUGCAGGAGCAUCUGGUGGAGCACACCUUUGCCGGCACCGAGCAGCGCGGCUUCAACUGUUACAUUUGCUCUGCUGUCUUUACCGCUCCCGCGGGUUUGCUCACGCACAUUGCCGAGCAUGGCGCGCGUCCUUAUGACUGCAAUUUGUGCACGGAAAAGUUUUACUUUCGCGCCGAGCUCGAGCAUCAUCAGCGUGCCCAUGAGCUCAGAGCUGCAAUGCGCCCCAAGCAGGAGCCGCCACUGGACAGCGCCACACCCUCGCCUCAUCCUUUGAGUCCCACGGUGCCACAAGUCAAGCAGGAGCUCUUUGACAGCGAGCCUGCUGCAUCGCCAGCUGCCGCUGCAGCUGCUGCUGCUGCUCCAGACGAGGAGGAGUACAUUGAGGUGGAGCAAGUGCCGCAGGAGACGCGCGCCAACGAUUUGCUCAACAAUGCGCAUGCCGAACGCGCCAGCAGCAGCGCCUAA